UUACAGCUUCUUCACUUCAGUUAACAACCUUACAUUUACUUAUGAUACCAGUGAAUAAAUCAUCUUCAAAUACUUCAUAAAGGUGCAUGUCAAAGUUUGCGUUGAUAAUGACAGCUAAUACCAAGAAACAGUACUACAGUCUCUUCUGAUGAAGAUGGAUGCACUUGUCGAAGGCAUUCCAUAAUAACAGGUGAUGUUUCUUACUAAAAACUGUUUAAACUGGAUCAGUCCUCCUUCCCUUUGAUAAGAUACACUCUUACAUCGUAUUCCAUUGUACACUAUCAAAAAGGAAAAUGAAAAUAAGAGAUAUGCUGCUGCUUACAGCUGACAAGUGAAGAGAAUCAGAGUGUAUGCCUAAACUUCUGUACAGAACUUAAUACUAUACAAUGGCUACCAUGGAGGAUAACAUGGCAAAGUACCACCCAAGUGUAAUUGUAAGCCCACCUGGCUGGGAGAUUGCAGUCUAUUUAACAGGUGCUCUGGCUCUGCUAGGAGUUGUUGGCAUAAACCUCUGGAAACUGUGGAAAUCUGGGAACUACCCUACACCUUCUCCAUUUCCAAACUAUGACUACAGAUAUCUUGAGCAAAAAUAUGGCACUUCUUAUUCUGAGGUCCGGCAAAAGAGAGCAGCAGCAUCAAAUCAUAGAAAAGCAGCGGAUAAUAUGCCAUCCAGUCGGAAAUCAAGCCUGAAGAUGGAUGAUCCUUACGAAAACAUAAAUGAGCUGGGAACCUUGGAGCUAAUGAACAAAGACCUUGAUUUUACUCCCUAUGGACCACUGAAGAAAUCUGUUUCAACUGAUUCAUUAUGUUCUAUUUCUUCAAUUGCAAAUAACUUUGGUCAUGACUUCACUGUGGGGCAAAUUGAAGUGAACCUAGAAUAUGAUAUGAACUCAAACAUCUUAUGUGUCACUCUGGUGCAAGGCAAGGAUCUACUGGAAAAGGAGGACACAAAUUUUGACUCCUGUUUUGUACGCAUCAGCCUGCUGCCAGAUGAACAGAUUGUUGGCAUUUCCAGAAUUCAGAGGAAUGCUUUUUCUGUAUUUUUUGAUCAGAAGUUUUCUAUACCACUGGAUCCAUCUGCACUGGAGGAAAACAGUAUGAGAUUUUCAGUAUUUGGCAUUGACGAAGAUGAAAGAAAUAUCAGCACGGGAAUAGCAGAACUGAAGCUGUCCGAUCUGGACUUAAUUAUUAGACCCUUCAAUGCAUGGUUAUACUUACAGGAUGUAAACAAGACAACAGAUGCAGUGGGUGAGAUUUUACUAUCUCUUAGUUACCUGCCAACCGCAGAGCGGCUAACAGUUGUUGUGGCCAAAGCCAAAAACUUGGUAUGGAUAAAUGGAAGAACAGCAGCAGAUCCUUUUGUCAAAGUUUAUCUCCUCCAAGAUGGCAGAAAAAUUAGCAAGAAGAAGACUGCAGUAAAGAAAGAUGAUACCAAUCCUAUUUUCAAUGAAGCAAUGAUUUUCUCUGUGCCAGCAAAUGUACUACAGGACUUAUCACUGAGAAUAACUGUUGCAGAAUAUUCUGAUGACGGCAAAGGUGAAAAUAUUGGACAUGUUAUCAUUGGUCCUGAAGCAAGUGGACUGGGCAUUACCCACUGGAAUCAAAUGCUUGCUACCCUGAGAAAGCCAGUCUCCAUGUGGCACCCACUUCGGCAAAAUUAGCUUCUGUUUUGUAUCAUGGUAAAAAUUCUUUGCAUGGUGCCAAUUUGUACUAAAAUACAGGCUGGUACAUACAAAUAAGUAGAGUGGUAUAUAUUAUUGCUGCUGUUUGUUACUCAAGAAAGAUUUCAUGUGAUUAAGACCAUAUAGCAGAUAAAUUUAAGAAUUUAUUAUUUUUACUAAUGGUAAUGGCCUCUCAUUUAAUAUGUAAUUGUAUUUUAUGCAUUUUAAUUCUAUGGCAUAGUAGACGAUGUCAUGUUUGCUUUACAACUUGCUUCCCCUGUUCUCAUCCAUUAUCAAUAUACUCAAAAAAUAAAUGCUAUGAUUCAUUAUUAAUUAUGUAGAAAAGUUAGUGGCUCAGUUGCUUUGAUCCAAGAAGUACAGUAAAAAUGAAAGUACUUUUCACUUCUAAAAAUGUUUAGUUUAAACUCUGGAAAUGGUCCAAAUAUUACAGUUGUUGUUGUCUUUCGGCUUUUCCCGGUUAGGGGUCGCCACAGUAGAACUCCGGUCCGCUAAUGAUUGGCA